CUGAUGUUAAUUCUUCAAAAUCAGUCACCAGUGAUGCACCCUAUGUUAUAAAAGUGGAACCCAGUGACAAUGGACCACUCUUUACAGAACUGAGUUUCUACACGCGGACAGCUAAACCUGACCUAAUUAAGAAAUGGAUUUCUUCUCACAAGCUGAAAUACUUAGGUGUACCCAAGUACUGGGGUUCUGGCUUGCAUCAAAAGAAUGGCAAAAGCUACAGAUUUAUGGUAAUGGACAGAUUUGGGAAAGAUCUCCAGAAGAUUUUUGAAGAGAGAGGAAAGCACUUUACCCGCAAAACAGUACUACUGUUGGGCUUGAGAAUACUUGAUGUUUUAGAAUACAUUCAUGAACAUGAAUAUGUGCAUGGAGACAUCAAGGCCUCAAAUCUUCUCCUGGGCUACAAGGUUCCACAUCAGGUGUACUUGGUGGAUUAUGGCCUCGCCUAUCGAUACUGUCCGGAAGGUAACCACAAAGAUUAUAAAGAGAAUCCCAAGAGGGUCCAUGAUGGAACUCUUGAAUUUACUAGUAUUGAUGCUCACAAGGGGGUGGGUAAGUAGUUUUGCUUUGCUUCU